GCUCUCCUUCUCAGUUCUCUCUUUCUCUCUCUUCGACUCUUAUCACCACCUCCACCACCGCAGCAAUCACCACCGUAACGCUGACGUGGCCAACUUAACAAAUAUGAAAAACUAAAAACUAAAACUAAAAUAAAAAUACAGAGAAAAGUAAAAUGUCAUCGCACGAGCAAGCCCUAGCCUCUUUAGUAUCACAGCUAGCCCUCUCUUUCGACGGAGCAUUUCUUGGUGUCGUUGUCGCGCUUACAGCCGUUCGAUCAAUUCUCAAAUUCGCAUCCAAUUCUAAAGCUCUCCGAAAAAUCAGGAAUGCUCCAACCGUUAAAGUUUCUGAUAUUCGCUCUGUUCUUGAAGUUUCCGAUGAAACUCAAGAUCAGAAACUUGUGAUUGUACGGGGUCAGGUGGAGGCUAAAUCAGCCGUUGAUGGGAACUGGAAGAGUUUGAUACCUAAUAAUGAUGUGCUGGUGGCUCAUGAAUCUGGUGAUAAGGCUGUUAUUGUACAGAGAAUUCAAACUUGUAUAUACAAUGAAUGGAAGGGUUUCUUUGGAUGGACUUCUGAUAUACGAGCUAUCUUUGGAAGAUCUUGGAGAGAACAAGAAUCAACUUUGUCGCGAUCGGUUCCUUUUGUUCUUGUUGAAGCUGGUCGAUGGCCACAAUCGGAUUAUGUUAUCGUGAAUCUGGAUGGUUCAAGACAUCCUCUACCUCUAACAACAGUUUAUCAUCAGUUGCAACCUAUUGAUGCUUCCCCAUAUACUUUUCUUCAAGCAUUUUUUGGUUAUGAAUACCCUGUCGGUCUUCUUGAUGAAGAGAAAAUCCUACCAUUAGGGAAAGAGAUCAACGCUGUUGGCCUUUGCGGUUCUAAAAAUGGAAUUCUUGAGAUAACAUCUUGCAAGGAUCUUCCCUUUUUUCUAUCCGAUUUGAGUAAGGAGCAAAUGGUGGUAGAUCUUGCCUUUAAGACAAAAGUACUUUUUUGGAGUGGUGUAGUUCUUGGAUCAUUUUCAAUUUGUAUUCUUGGCUAUGCGGCUGUGAGGAACUGGAAUAGAUGGAAAGCAUGGAGGCAACAGAGACAGUUUCAACAACAAAGCAAUGGUGUUAGCGAUGCGGAUGUCUCUCAGAUUGAUGUAGAGGAGGAAACAGUAGAUGUGCCAGAUGGACAGUUGUGUGUGAUCUGUUUGAUGAGGAGAAGACGAGCUGCAUUCAUUCCUUGCGGCCAUCUUGUUUGUUGCCAAAUUUGUGCUAUAUCAGUUGAACGAGAGGUAUCACCAAAGUGUCCUCUCUGUCGUCAGGCAGUCCGAAAUUCUAUUAGGAUAUUUGAGUGUUGAGAACCAAAAAUUGCUAUUUCCUAUAUGGAUAGGCAUCGAGGAGUUGGUUUGAAGAAAAAAGAAAUAGAUAUUUGUAUUUACACAUAGUAUCCGCACUGAUCGAUAGUCACUAAAUGUGCAGCUUCAUGUUGGUUACUAGAAUUUCCAUUCCUGUGGGUUCUGCUGCAUUCAUUCCACGAUAAGUGAUUUUCUUUA